AUGGAAAACGAGCAUGAGUCUUCGACAGAAAUUUCAACAGAUAGCUCAAGCAAUACCGACAGCAUUCAAAAUGUUGACAAUCAAUGCAUAGAAUUAUCCAAUGAGGAGCAAAGGAUAAAGGAUCAAGCGGACGUCGAUUUAACAUUGGAUCUAGGAAGCGUGUUGCCAAAUUAUGAUCGUGUCUCUGAGAAUGAGAAUGAUGAUUCAUUAGAAAAGCUCUCAGCUGUUCUUGAACAGCCAGAAGAUUCGGUGAUUUUAGAGGGCGCGCAGUCAGUAGAAGAUGGCCAAGACGAUAAAGAUUUAAACUACAUUCUUCGGGAGCGAAUAGAGUCGCUCAGUGAAGUAAUGAGGAACUUAAAGGAAGAAUUAAGGAAGGAAAUAGAACUUUGGAAAAAAGAAAAAGGAGAAUUGCAAUUUUUACGUGAAAAGGAUGAUGCAUUGGCUUUGGAAGAAGUAACUGCAGCCGCACGUGCAGCUGCAGCAGCUUAUGCUGCCGAAUCGCCAUUAUCUAACAAUCUGGGGGAUGUUUUAGAUAUCUCAUCAGAGGAUGCGUUCAGAGAAUUGACAAUACUCGAAUAUGAGAAACGUUUGGCUAAAUAUCAAGAUGAAUACUCAUUUAUUCAGGCAGAAAAGCGUUAUAAUGCCCGAUGGAAAAUGAUAGCAAACGCGUAUAAGCAGAAAUUGAUGGAAGUGGAACGACUCUGUAACGAGGAAUUAGAGAAGGUUCAAAAAAAUGUAGACCAUCUGCAACCGCUGAAAGAAAUGGUAUCACAAUGGUAUCUCGAUGAAGAAAACCAUGGUGAUUCAAUCAGAAGAACCGACUUUUCUGCAAAUGCCCAGAAACUCAAUACUUUCAAUGAGAAUAAUAUGCUCAAUCGUCACACAUUGCAAAAGAUAGACGCGGAAGUCAAUAUGGCGCCAGAAAUAUUCGUUGCUCGAUUCAAAUCCGACGAUCCAACAAAAAUAGAUAAACUUUAUGGAUAA